AUGACCCCCAAAUUACCUCAUUAUGUACUUGCUAAAAUCGCAAGCUUCCUAGCCGCUUAUGGUGUCGAUGACCUCAAGAAUAGCAUUUUGGCCGGCCCUGAACUGAAAGACGCAUCGUUAUCAGAGGUAGCACUUCAUCGCCUUUCAAUGGUAAAUCAUUUCGAUUAUCCAUGGUGGGGUCAUGAGUUUUUCUGGUACAAAUCACUUUUCAAGAGAUGUUUGCAGGCUAAGAAUCCUUACGCGCUGUAUAUCCACUCUCUACGCUUAGCUUUCUAUGACUCCGACAUCUGGUCCGCGAUAUACAUUCUAGAUCAAAUAAAAGACAUGUACCCAUACGCAAAGUUGAUGUACGUAAUGCUCUGUUGGUGCGUGGGUUGGGAUUUAUUAGAUGUUUUUGUCCUUUUUCGGAUGAAGGUUAGAAGUAUUUCUGAUGUACAAUGGAUGUCAGAGAGGAUGAUUUAUGACAUAACAAUUGUCGAUCCAAGAAGCGCAGAUACAGAAGGACCAAGAUGGAGGGCUCCGUAUCCGCCUCAGUGUUGGGGAGUUCAUAACCAAGGUGUUGAACCGGAAGGUUUUCGAUGCAUUGACUGCGUCUACCUCUACGAAGGACGUCGAAUCUGCUCAAAGGUGUAUGUUCACUCUCUCAUGGUCAUCUCUGUGCGAUAA